CGAUACCUCUAAAUUAUCAAUCAUCCAAUUGAUUCUACUAUAACUUUUCAAGUAACUUAAUUACAUUCAAAUCUAUUAUUAAACCUAAUACAUAUCUCCAAAUCUUAUGGGUAAUUGUGAAUUCUGACAAUUUGUUUCCCCUCCUCCACCUAAUCCUCUUUUCUCAAUGGUGCUAAAUUUUUAGUGGGGCGAUUUCAAUUUGCAAGGAUUUAUGCUCUUCUCCAUAUUUGUCCUUCCUUCCAAAUAACAAUCCUUGUUCCAUCAAGCUCUCUCCAUUGCUGGACAAGAUUGUUCUAGUCUUUGGCCUUUACUCUGGCUUUGUUGGAGUUUCAUCUCAUUUCACAAUCACCCCCAAUUCCCAUAAUUCUAAUCUAUCUCUCCCACUGUUGUUCGUUUCCUUCCCCUCCAUUUGGUUAUUCCAUUUUCUGUCUUUUCUUCUUCUCCCAACUCUUCAAUUUUGAUUCUACAUAUCUUCACACAUUAAUUAUUAGCCCAUUCACCAUUUCUCCCAUUCCUCUCCUAUCUCCAUUCACAAAGCAAAAAAACCUCUAUUUCUUGAAGCCCCCCCUCUUAUGGCUCAGCAGCAAGAGCCAAGACCAUUGCCAAAAUUUGGGGAGUGGGAUGUGAACAACCCAGCAUCAGCAGAAGGGUUUACAGUGAUAUUCAGCAAAGCCAGAGAUGAGAAAAAGACUGGAGGCACAACUGGAGCUUCUGGAGCCGCAUCGCAAAGGAAUAAAACUCCUUCUAAAAAAGAUGAUCAAUAUCAAGACUCCUCAACCAAGAAAUGGUUUUGUUGUUUCUAGGAACGAAAAAGGGUUUGAUUUUGAUCUUUGGUGUGUGAUGGGUGGAUGGAGAUGCAAAGAUGGGAGAAGAUGGAGGAUUGAAAUUGGAUAACAUUUCAUUUUGUGGUACUAGAAAAGAAAAGAUUGCUGCUGUUUUGGAAAGUUUGCAGUGCCUUUAAUCAGGGAGAUGGAGAAGAAGAGCCAUUGUCCAAUUUUCAACUCCCACUUGAUUUUUGGUAUUCAAUGUUAAUCCCCCAAAAUGUCCUUAUAUCUCUCAUACUCUGGUUCUUUAUGUGUAAAAUACCAUCACAAGCUUUUCUUUUAGGAGUAACAAUUAUUGAAGGAUUUUGAACACAUAUUUGCCUACUCAACCUUUCAUUUUUCUAUGAAUGCAUGUUCAUGGUCUAAUCUGGUUUGAAUUGAUGCAAAUUAUUAACCUUUAAAUUCUUUAUAGGUGUAUGCAUGAUGUUUGGAUCAAAUACAAACUAAAAGAAAAGAGCGUACGAAAA